AUGGAUCGCUCUCAUUCCAUCGUAGUGGGAAUCGACUUCGGCACGACGUACUCCGGUGUUGCCUUUGCCAGAGACGCAGAGCCGGACCGCAUACACUUUGUUUCAAACUGGAGAUCUUCAAAUCUCAACAGCUUCCCGAAACAAAAAGUCCCUACUUCCAUCUACUACGGCCAUAGUUUUGAGCCACCGACGUGGGGAUACGAUGUAGAUUCGGAGGAAGAUGCUUUGCGAUGGUUUAAACUCCUUCUGCUCGACGACGAACAUAUGCCCGCUCACCUCAAACGCUCAAAAUAUAUUCGUACCGCAAAAGAAUUGCUAAAAAAAGAAAACAAGCAUGUUAUAGAGGUCAUUGCGGACUACCUUCGACUGGUGUGGGAGCACAGCCUGCGAGCAAUAGAAAAGACCAUGGGCGAGGCCAUGGUAAAACUCUCAACUUUCAAAUUUGUGGUUACUUUACCCGCAAUCUGGCCAGCUUAUGCUCAAAUCAGAAUGCAUAAAGCCAUUGCGGCUGCAGGAUUGCUAGACAAGCGAGCAGCCGGGGAAACCGUUUUGACUUUUCUACCAGAGCCCGAAGCAGCAGCCCUGGCAACACUUCACAAAAUGCAUCAAAGGCCAGACAUGAAGGAUAUUAUCACCUACAAGAUUCAUAAACCUCUCAUGUCAUCGAUUCGAGAAAGUGUCCCUGGUAACGGGAGACUUUGCGGCGCUGUACGGCUAGAUGAAGCUUUCGCGCGUCUAUUGAGAACCAAGAUGCCAAUGAACGUCCUGAAAGCUUUAUCACCGGCGGAGCGGCAAAGAUUGAUGUAUGACAACUGGGAAACCGGGAUUAAGCCUGGGUUUGCGAAUGACGAAAGAUCGUGGACUGUCCGAAUUCCAUUUUGUGCGAGUUUAUCCAAUGUUCAGUAUCCCAAGGAUAUUAUACUUGGAAGGGAGGAUAUUUGGCUUGUGUUUGAGGAUGUUUUGACUGAAGUUGCAUCGCUAGUCUUGGACCAGAUUCAGGAGGCGCAUAGAAAAUACGGGAAACCUCCCAAGUAUGUCAUACUUGUAGGUGGUUUUGGAAGAUCUUGUGCUCUGUACGACCAUCUCCAGAAGAAGAUUGGAUUAUACUUUGCGAGUGUCAAUAUCCUCCAAGACGAAGGUACCGAUCCAUGGACUGCAAUUUGCGAAGGAGCCGUGAUUCACGGCUUAAAGAGAGAGCAAUCCCUAAGCUCAGCACAAUGCAAUCUGGUUGACUCUCGAUUUGCUCGUGCUAGCAUUGGCACGAUGUAUAACGCUCUCCCAUUUGAGGAGGAUGUCCACGACAUAAAAGAUAAGGAGUGGUGCCCUAUGCAACAAGAGUAUCAGGCAUCAGACCAAAUCCACUGGUUCAUUUACAAGGGCGAGGUAGUCAACGGAAAUGAGCCUACUGUCUUUGAAUUCUUCCAGGCCUUGACAGAGCAGCCUACGGAACUCGUCAACGAGAUGGUGUACUCCCAGGCUGGAACUCCACCAAAUAGAUUUGAUCAUACCGUCAAGUUUCUUUGUCGCAUGCAAUGGUCAUUUAUCCCAGAUAUUGCUGUUCUUCCAGAGAAAAGGAAUAAUGCCGGCCAUAUAUUUUACGAAUUGCCCUACAGAAUCGAGAUGGUAACACAAGGAGUCUCGCAAGACUUUCAGGUCUUCUACGAAGAUAAGGUAGUUGCGGCGCACAGCGUGAGCGAGUCUCUGAGCGAGUCUCUGAAGACGGCUAUGAUUGAAGACGAUUAA